AUGGCGCCCAUUGCUGUGACGCCAGAUAGCUCAACCGCCAGUCCUUCUGGCGACAGCUGCAACGGCUACUUUCACGUGCGUAAUGGUAACGGCCAUAACAACAUCAGCAACAAUGGCCAUACCCAUGGCGAACACGGCCAUUCUGCCACCGUAGGGAAUGGUCAUGGCAAUGGCCAUGGCAACGGUAAUGGCGCCCCUCUUGACGGCCUCCGGAUCGACACCAAUGGCCAUGGCAGCUGGACUGCCGACUCUGGUCAAGAUAUGCCUAUAGCCAUUGUUGGAAUGGCUUGUCGCAUGCCCGGCAAUGUCGCUACUCCGGCCGAGUUUUGGGAACUCUGUACUAGGGCCCGGUCCGGCUGGUCUGAAAUCCCCAAGCAGAGAUUCAACAGUGCCCGUUUCCACCAUCCCAACCAGGGCAAAGGCGGCACCCUGAAUCCCCUCGGCGGCAACUUCUUGAAUGUCGACCUAGCCGCCUUUGAUGCCCCGUUUUUUGGUCUGACUGAAAAGGAGGCCAUUUCUAUGGAUCCUCAGCAGCGUCUUCUUCUCGAAUGCACUUUUGAAGCACUCGAAAAUGCUGGCAUUCCAAAGCAUACCAUUGUCGGAAAGGACGUAGGUGUUUUUGUCGGCGGUUCCUUUCCCGAGUACGAAUCUCAUCUCUUCAGAGACUCAGAUACCAUACCUAUGCACCAGGCGACCGGUUGUGCAUAUGCCAUGCAGUCCAACCGUAUAUCGCACUUCUUCGACCUACGAGGCCCCAGUUUCACGGCCGACACAGCAUGUUCCUCUAGCAUGGUAGCCAUCCAUCUGGCUUGUCAAAGCUUGCGAACCGGUGAAUCAAGCUCCGCUUUGGUGGGUGGCUGUCACCUCAACAUACUUCCCGAGUUCUGGGUAUCCUUUUCGACUUGCAGACUGCUCUCGGAUACCGGCCGUUCAUUUUCCUUUGACAAUCGAGGCACCGGGUUUGGCCGUGGAGAGGGCUGUGGCAUGAUUGUCCUGAAGCCACUGGACCAGGCUAUAAAGGAUAAUGAUCCUAUCAGGGCAGUCAUUGCCGCAACUGGCCUUAACCAGGAUGGCAAGACGCCCGGCAUUACUAUGCCAAAUGGGUCGGCGCAAGAGGACCUUAUGCGCCAAGUCUAUGGCAAUGCUGGCCUUGACCCGAAUUUGUGCGGUUUUGUCGAGGCCCAUGGAACCGGCACUAGGGUCGGUGAUCCCAUUGAGGCUACUGCCAUUCACAAUGUUUUGGGCCAAGACAGAACCCCCCGUAACCCUCUAUGGAUCGGCUCUGUAAAAUCCAACAUUGGCCAUCUGGAAGGGGCAUCCGGUAUUGCCGGUGUCAUCAAAGCAGCCCUCAUGCUUGAGCGUGGUUUCAUCCUUCCGAACCAUGAUUUCAAACAGCCAAACCCAAAGAUCCCCUGGAAGGAGUGGAACCUAAAGGUCCCGGUGACCCAAAGGCCGUGGCCACGCGGCAAAAAAUAUAUCAGCGUCAACAAUUUCGGAUUUGGUGGAACAAACGGCCAUAUUGUACUAACGGCAGCACCAUUUCUGGGUCCUAAAACUUCGGGGCCCUCCCAUGACGACACCAUCAUGGCGUCCGAUAAGUCAGGGCCAGGCCGCAAGCUUUACGUUGUCACGGCCAAUGACAAGGCGGCUCUUUCGCAACAGAUGAAAAACAUCGUGGUUUACCUUGAGCAGAGACCUGAGAUCUUCCAGGUAGAUCUCACCAGCAAUCUUGCUUAUACGCUUGGACAGCGGCGGUCCCUCCUGCAAUGGAGAGCUGCUAUACCCGCCAUCAACUCCUUUGAGUUGAUCGAAGCAAUCAACGGAGAAAAGGUUAUUACCGGUAAAGAAACCGAGCCUCUCAGACUAGGUUUUAUCUUUACCGGUCAAGGUGCUCAGUGGUAUGCCAUGGGUCGGGAAUUGUACGAGCAAUAUCCGACAUUUACCACGAGUAUUUUGCUGGCCGACACCUGCUUAGCUGCCCUCGGGGCGGAAUGGUCACUUAUUGAGGAACUCGGCAGAGAUUCCAAAACCAGCGGGGUCAGUGAGGCUCAUAUUAGCCAGCCAUCAUGUACUGCGGUCCAAUUGGCACUCGUUAACUUGCUGCGAGGCUGGGGUCUUCGGCCAACUGCUGUGGCAGGUCAUUCCAGUGGUGAGAUUGCCGCUGCAUAUGCUGCGGGCAUUAUCGACUUCGAAUCUGCCAUGGCAAUUGCCUACCAUCGAGGCAGGCUGAUCCCUAUUCUCAAGCAAAAGUACCCCGAGCUCAAGGGCCGCAUGAUGGCUGUUGGAGGAAGCAAGAAGGAGUUCACACCCCUUAUCGAAGGGCUACAAGAGAAGGAAGUCAGGAUUGCUUGCUACAACAGUCCUUCCAGCUUGACCAUUUCCGGCGAUGAACCUGCCUUGGCCGAACUAGAGAGGAUCUGCGAGAAGAAGCAGCUUUUCAACAGGCGUUUGGUCGUUGACGUCGCUUACCAUUCCCACCACAUGAACUUGGUCGCCAAGGAUUACCGUGCCUCCAUCGCCAAUCUUCCACCGCCAGCUCGGACUGGCGUGCAGUUUCACUCUUCUCUGUAUGGUCAUCUUGUUGACGCUGCCGACUUGCAGCCUAACUACUGGGUUGACAACUUGACUUGUCCUGUACGCUUCAGUGAGGCGUUGCAGAGCAUGCUUGCGCCGGUCGGCGACCACAAGCACGGAGUCAACAUGCUCGUCGAACUGGGUCCUCAUUCCGGACUCCAAGGACCUAUCAAGCAGGUGCUCAAAGAGGUCGGCGGAAGCGCACCAAAGAUUCCAUACGCUUCUGCUCUUGUUAGGAAACGGAACGCCGUUGAGACCGCUCUGGAACUUGCCGCGCAAUUGUUCACCAGAGGGGCAAAUCUUGACUUUGGUGCCGUCAACUUCCCUAAGCCAACCAAACCACCAACGCUGCUGACAGAUCUUCCACGAUACCCUUGGAACCGUUCUACAAGGUAUUGGCAGGAAUCUCGUAUGACAGAUAUGCACAAGAACGCGGUUGGUUCGAGGAGCGACAUCAUCGGUGUCUUGGCCAACUACUCGAGCGAUCUAGAGCCCACAUGGCGCAACAUCGUUCGCUUGGACGACCUACCCUGGCUGCGUCAUCACAAAGUUCAAAACUUGAUCAUGUUUCCCAUGUCUGGUUUUCUCGCGAUGGCUAUGGAGGCCGCCUCCCAGAAGGCGAAAAGCAAACACCGCUCAUUUGAUAAGUACCAGAUGAGGGACAUUGCCAUAACAAAGCCGCUCGUGAUCCCAGACAACGACAUUGAGAUUACAAUUAGUCUCCGUCCGCACCAAGAGAGUACCCUUAUCUCAUCUGAGACAUGGGACGAGUUCAGGGUUUGCUCAUGGUCUUCUGGCCAAGGUUGGGUAGAGCAUUGCGUUGGUUUGAUCGCAACGGCCAAAACCACGGACAAUGAUGUGGUUCGGGGCCUACAAGCCGGGAAUGGCUUUGAAGACCACCUACGUUCUGUUACACCAACCACCGACGACACACAAUGGGCUUCAGUCAAUUCUCAGCAGAUGUACGAGACCCUGAACAAGCUUGAGGUUAUGUACGGAUCUACCUUCCAAGGUCUCGACAAUAUCAACGCAUGCGACACACAGUCAACAGGAGAUAUUGUUGUUACGGAUGUGGCCAAGGAGAUGCCAGGUGGCCACUUGACCGAAGCCGUGGUACAGCCCGCAUUUCUCGAGUCGCUCAUUGGUAUGUACUGGCCGAUACUUGGGGCAGGGCGCCGAGAAGUUGACACGAUCUACCUUCCGUCCUCGAUUGACUACAUGACCAUCUCUUCAAUCAUAACCCAACUGGCACGCGAGCCUGGAAAUACGCUGCGCGCCAUUUGCAAGGGCGAGGUCUUUCCUGGCAUUCAUCGGCCGUUCAAGGUGCAAAUGGUUGCGGCCCCAGCUGCUUCUAUGGAGAGCACGAUUUCAGUUGAUGGCUUGACAAUCUCACCUGUUCUCAACGGGGAUACUCUAGAGAAAAGCACUACUCCUCGCGACCUCUGCUACAAGCUUGAAUGGGAGCCGGUUUAUUACAGGACGAAUCAGCUUCCUGUUGGUGUCCAAAUUGUAAUCAUUUAUGAGGAUUCCAACUUUCAGAAACUUGUCGCUCUGGGGCUGGCGAACGCACUCGAGAAAGUUACGGGGAGGUUACCUGAAGUCGGUAACCUCGGCACAGUUGACCCAGAAGGAAAGACUUGCAUCUUCCUGAAUGAGCUGCAUCAGCCUUUCUUGGCCACUCUUACGCCAUCGCAGUUCUCUGGAUUGCAAACGCUUUUGACCAGGGUUGAGGCUAUUCUAUGGGUAGUCAAGGGAGCAUACGACAAAUGCACUGAACCGGAGGCAAACAUGGUUACUGGUCUCAGCAGAACCAUCCGUUCGGAAACCGCGCUUCGGUUUGCUACGCUGGAUCUCGAUGCGGCCACGCCUCUCUCGGAAGCCAAGGCGGCAGACGUGAUCUUCAGCGUCUUCAAGAUCGCUUUCGGGUCUGUUUCCUCAUCGAUGAGUGAACAAGAGUUUAUGGAGAGGGAGGGAUCGCUUUUCACCCCGCGCAUCACCCAUGACAGGGAAACCGACGAAGAAGUGCACAAUUUGACAAAUCCAAGAGCCUUAGAGCCCACCGCUUUUGGUAAUAACAGCCGACUUCUGAGGCUGGAGAUCUCUGCGCCCGGUGCUUUGGGUACACUUCACUUUGUCGACGACCACUCACUGGAAGUGCCGCUGGCAGUUGAUCAAAUUGAGAUUGAGGUCAAGGCUGUCGGCAUGAAUUUCCGAGAUUCCAUGGCUGCAAAGGGUCAAAUUCCCAUCACCAUGUCUGGCGCUGAAGCAAGCGGGAUUGUUAUCGCUGUUGGGAGCAGUGUCUGCUCUUUCAGGGUUGGCGAUCGUGUUACAGCGCUCACACAAGGCGCUUUCGCGACGCGAGCGAGGGCAACUGCCAGCCUAGCAUUCAAGGUCCCGGAACACAUCUCCUUUGAAGCAGCUGCCACGUUGCCCCUUGGUUACUGCGUUGCAUAUUACAGCCUGGUUGAUGUUGGGCGCUUGGCUGAGGGAGAGACCGUCCUCAUACACCAAGCAGCAGGGGCUGUCGGUCAAGCAGCCAUUUGCCUCGCUCAGAUGAUUGGAGCUGAGAUUUUCGCGACGGUUGGGAGUGCUGAGAAGAAGGAGCUGCUCGUCAAUGAGUUCGGUCUCCCUUCCGAUCAUGUCCUGUACAGCCGCGACACUACUUUUGGGCCUACCAUUCGCCAUGCUACCUGUGGCAGGGGGGUAGAUGUUAUCCUCAACUCAUUGAUUGGUGAUGGGCUGCGGGAAUCCUGGGAGUCUCUCGGCAAGUUUGGGCGGCUCGUUGACAUAGGCAAGCGCGACUUUGCAUCGAAGCCUCGAGUGGAAGUAUCCGCUGCCAACAAAAACGCCAGCUUUAUUUCGGUUGACAUCUUUGCUCUGCUGGCCGAACGGCCAAAAGUCCUCAAACGUGUGUUUGCCGAUAUUUCCCGACUGCUUAGAUACGGAAAGGUGCGGCCGGCAAGCCCGCUUUCUGCCUUUCCAAUCUCAGAUGUCGAAGGUGCAUUGAAGAUGCAACAAGGCGGUUCUGUUAUCGGCAAGGUGGUGGUGACUCUGGGUGGGUCUGAUCUUGUCAAGGCCCCGCCAUCACGCCGGUCAAAGGAUCUCCUUCAUUCCGAUGCGACAUAUAUCUUGGUUGGCGGCACCGGUGGUCUCGGAAGAAGUAUGGCGCGAUGGAUGGCAGGAAAGGGUGCGAAGAACAUCGUUCUUGUCUCGAGGAGCGGUUCCAUCACCGGAAAGGUCAAAGAACUUGUCAAAGAUCUCUCUGUGCUUGGAGUGAGCGUCCAUGUCCGCCGCUGCAAUGUGGUCAACAAAGCUGAAGUGGACGAGCUCAUCCAAACUGGACUGCGGGGGCUGCCCCCUAUUAGGGGUGUUGUGCACGGAACGAUGGUUUUGCGCGACGUUCUUUUCGAGAAGAUGACAUGGACUGACUAUACUGAAGUCAUUGAGGGUAAGGUCCAAGGUGGCUGGAACUUUCACCAAGCAUUGUUAUCCUCGCCACUCGAUUUCUUCGUGGCUAUUUCAUCCGCAGCCGGUGCCGUGGGAAACCGUGGGCAAGCGGCAUAUAGUGCAGCAAACUGCUUCCUGAAUGGUCUGGUCCAGUACCGGCUUGCCCAUGGUCUUCCUGCGUCAUCACUUGACCUCACCGCUGUUUCCGAUUCCGGCUAUCUAGCUGAAGACCUCGAAAAAGCUGCUGAGGUAGCCCGAAAUCUUGGGAGCGAUACAAUAUGCGAGGCAGAGGUUCUCGCCCUGUUGCAUGCCGCCAUUAGUGGAAAGCUGACGUCGGCCUGUAACAAUCACACGAUUACCGGCAUGCGUAUUACCUCUACACUGCGACCGUUCUGGACCGAAGAUGCAAAAUUCAAGGCUAUGCGCAUAGCAGCCGAAGAUGAGGCGGCAAAGAACGCAUCGUUGAACGCGGUUGUGUCGUUCAAUGCAGCCUUGAAGGGUGCCAGAUCACCCACUGAGGCCGAAGACGUGGUAUGCAAAGGGCUGGUUGAGAAGAUUUCAUCUGUGCUGAUGCUUGACGCGGACGACAUGGAUAUCACACUAUCUCUCUCGCACUAUCCCUUGGAUUCUUUGGUGGCUAUUGAGAUCCGCAAUUUCGUUACCCGUGAGUUUGAGGCGAAUCUUCAGGUGCUGGAACUUCUAUCAAGUGGGUCGAUUCAAACACUGGCAAAGGCGGUAUGUGCGAAGACGAAGAUCGUCUCGUUCAAAGGAUAG